CAGAGCGUUUAAUGAUUAACCUCGAAAAUUGUCGUCUAAUAACUACAGUUUCGUGGUCCCUGUAGCACAGUCACUGCGCCUUGUAAUAAUUUUUUUGCUUAAUGAGGUUGAGAGAAUCGGCAAGUUAUUUAUGGGAAGAGUUUGAUAUUUUCCGCACUUGCUAUGCAUUUGAAUUUUGAACUGUGCUGAAAAUGACAGCUCUAGUAUUCGGAAGAACUUGUAGCUACGAGUACGGACCGGGAUCAUUUAUAAAAAGAGGAUGUAAUGGAAUUGUAUACAAAGCGGCGAUUACGGAGCAUGGUAAUUUUGCUGGAAGCAGGGAGGUAGCGGUGAAGGUUUUGUUUAAUCCAGAUUGGGAGCAUCCGGACUACCGUGAACAAACAAACGCGUCAAAAAUGAAAAAAAUAUUAGAACUGGAGCAUCCCCAUCUAGUGAAGUAUCACAAGAUAACGGUGUUUCGGGAGAGGCGUGACUGGAGCAUCGAACUGCUCAUGGAUUACUUUCCGGACGGUAACUUGGACGAAUUACUUCGUCGAAUCAAAAGGAAACGCCGCCCACUUCACCCGGUAAAAGCCAUUUCGUAUGCAGUGGACAUUGCGGAAGGUCUGAAAUAUUUGCACGAGCGGGAAAUUAUGCUCUGUAAUUUACAGCCUAAAAAUAUCCUAGUCGACAGUGGUGAACGACUUCUGAUUUGCAACUACGAAGACUGUGUUCGAGGCGACGUUAUGCCUGCCCGCGACUUGACUCAUCUAAUGGAAUCCCUUCGCUACAUGUCACCAGAAAUGAUUGCACGUAAAAUGAUCUCUCGGAAGGGACCAGUUGGAAAAAAAACGGACAUUUGGAGUUUGGGCUGCAUUCUUCUUCAGCUUGCCAAGUUAACUGUGUCAACGAAAACCCAUUGGUCAAUUGAAAAAGGCGGACAUGUAAUGGAAAUCUUUAAACCGAAAGUAAUUGCACUGAUUCGUAGCAUGGUAGAUGGUUAUGUCCCCAUUGUCGAUGAGAGUAUCGCACCGGAAGUGGCUGCAUGGGUUAGACAGUGUUUACGCAUCGACAGCAAUGAGAGAAUCAGUGCAAGUCAGCUUCUGGAUUUGAUAAGACACAGCCAGGACAGUUCGUUAAGUGUAACCACCGGAUUUCCGGAAACCAUGACAAACGCAAAGCUUAGCGAACGUGAACCUGAGUUAGUCAUUAACGAGGAGUCCUUUGGCAGUAAUUGUGAAUGCAGCUAUUCAAUGCGUGACUGCAUCGGAUACGGAGCAAUCGGUCAAGUAUACAAAGCAACAAUUACAGUACCAGGAAACUUUUCCGGGAAAAAUACGGUGGCUGUCAAAGUCGUUCACCUGGAUAAUAAAAACCGUUAUCUGCAAUCGAAUCGAAACUGGCCGAAACUUCGCAAUCGACUGGUGACGAUAGUCAAUAUUCGCAACAAAAGCUUACUUGACUACCAUAAAUUCAGCGUUCUCAAAACGACAUCGGGAAUACCUUACAUCGAACUGAUGAUGGAUUACUGCGAAGGUGAUCUUGAGAAGUUGCUCAAUCGACUGAGAACCGGCAUUGUGCCUCCGGAAGAGUCCCUUCAGUUCACCACGGCUAUUCGUUACGCACUGGAUAUCACAAACGGCAUAAAUUUUCUGCACCAAAAUAAAAUCAUUCAUGGCGAUCUGAAACCAAAAAACAUUCUUGUCAAGGAAACAUCAAGCCGUCACAAGCGGCUCCUGAUUGGCGAUUUGGACGAGCAUUGGCAGAUGACUGGAACGGUAACCCGCUUAAACGACGUUCCGCAUUUUCAUGGAACAAUCCGUUAUUUACCUCCAGAAAUGUUCAAAAGAUUCAGAACAACAUCACAAGAAAUCGUUGAAGAAAGAAACAUAAACACAGAACGCAAAAUGGAUAUCUGGAGUCUGGGUUGCAUAAUGCUGGAUUUGGCAGACUGCAUCGCGAAAAACGACGAGAAAUGGUUGGAGAAAAAGGAGUGUGAGCAAUCGGAAAAAAUUAUGGCCGGGAAGAGCAUUGCGGACCAUGUUUUCGAAGAGAAGCUGGUGAACGGAUUCGUCCCGUUCGUGCCGGAUUCCAUUCCAAACUAUUACUCCAGCUGCAUUCGCCAGUGUUUACGUUCAGCAAGCGAAGAACGACCUUCGGCGGAACAGCUCCUGACGCUGUUGGAGGAAGCUGAUAAAAAGGUGCCAAAGGAACUCUUUGUCUUCUUCCACGGCCAUCAGGAAAACCAGUUUUCAUCAGUGCUUAUGCAAUCGUUUGAGCCGCUAACCGGCACACUGCGGCCGUUGAUGUUUGGCAACAGCUUGAAGAACAUGCAAUUUCGCCAUGGUAUAUUUACAUUGGGCAAUGAUAUUGUCUGCCGAGCACAAGAUAAAACGAACAGUGAUAAGCAUACAAUCGAACUGGACAUCGCCCAAAAGAGCUGGCGUACAACGACAGCUGACACUGCAGGAUUGGGGAUACCUGCAAAAUUUGCUGUUAACGUUGACGAUCAUAUCUACUUUUGGGAUGAAGAGGAUGUUCAAGCACCGUUCAAAAAGCUGGACGGCAGAAAUUUCUCGGUAUCUCCGCUUCCCAUGCCUCAUUGGAUCAGAAGAGUUGACCGGAUAGUUCGCAGCAAGAACAAAAUCUUUGUAAUUGGGGCAUCAUCCAGCGAGAGUGUUCGAUUGGUGGAACGAUUCGAUACGACAACAAAGCAGUGGGGACCACCCGGAUCAGUUGCAUCGCUGCCAGAUGACCGUGUCGGCUUCGCCGCCGUUGUUUUCAAUAAAGAGCUUUAUUUGCUAGGCGGUCAAACCACCUCCGAGACUGCACCCCAACUGCUAAAAUCAUGCGUCCGAUUGGACCGCAAAACCAGCCAAUGGGUGCAGGUCAGUGACCUUUUGCACGCCAGAACCAACCACUGCGCGUUCGUUUAUCAAGAACAAGUGUACGUUUUCGGCGGACGCAUUGAUGGCACGGACGGGCUAGCGCAAACAAUGCAGGUGUGCGAUGCGAAGACGUGGCAGUGGUCCACCUUUCCGCUGCCCGACUUGGAUGAUGUUGAUAUGGAUCCAAGCCUUAAUGUUUCUUAUGUCGUCAGAGUGGAUAUCAACGGCAGUCAGUGCCACUAACUCGGCGCUGGCAAAUCUAGAAACUAUUUCUUUAUAAAAUCGGUUCUUGGGCUUCUGCUUUAAGUGACUUCCUGUAUUACUGGAGUUUCCUUGAACAGCUAUCAUGUUCCUGGAAAAAGACGCAUCGCUCUUAACCGAAUAGGAGAAACUGUUUCACAAUUAGUUUUAUACAGAUAUGUGACUGCAUUUUGAUUGAAGUACUCCCUACUUGACACGAGCGUCUAAAUUUCGUUGCGUUUGUGGU